UUCAAGGAAUGAAAAAUAACAGUAAUGGAUCAUCAGUACAUUUAGAUUCUGAUUUCUUAUCAAAAUUUCCUCUAAAUGAUUCUACAAUGUAUCUAGAUGUAGAACAUUUGACUUUAAAUGAUUUUUCUUUUAAAAUUAAAUUGGAAUAUUUUAUAAAAAAUGUUGGUGGUUCUAAUUCCAAAAAUCAUGUACAGCGAAUGAUGGGAAAAUUUUUUAAUGACGAAUAUGUUACAAAAUGCACUAGAACCGGCCGUGGAAAAGACAAAACAACAACGGUUGGGCAAUCUGAACUUCUAAAUGUUUUAAAAAAAGUUGUGAAGGAGUGUAGCAGUGGUAGUUCUGUAGAACUUACAGAUUCAAAUUUUAAAAAUAUUGUAGCUAAGUGGUUGAGAUACUCAAGCAUAAGAUUAGCUAGAUCAAAGAAAGCUGACUAAUUUUACUUCAAUUAUUUUUAUUUACCAGACUGAGCUUUUUGAAUGUUCAGUAUUACA